UGUGACGCUCGUGCGCAGCAGCACAGGCUGUGUGUUUGGAGCGCGAGCGCACUUACCGCCAGCAGCGAGCAGCGCGAGGAGCGGGUCCAGCGGUCCGCGCGCAGAUGAUCGGACUAAUGCUCCGGAGCCGCGGCGGGGUUUCACUCAGCUCCACAGCCGCGCUGCACACCGAGCUCAGCACACUCCUCAGAGUGACGUAGUUUACAUGCAGCUCUUUCUGCGUAGUUUAGGGGGUCGUUAUAUGUAGUUUGGGGGCUCUGCGUAUGUAGUUUAGAGGGUUUUAUGUAGUUUGUUUUUUAGAUGUAGUUUAGAGGGUCUGUAUAUGUAGUUCUGGGCUCUGUGUAUGUAGUUUUGAGGGGUUUUAUAUGUAGUUUUUGGGGGUCUCCUACACUAAGACAGGCGUUGUUACCGUUGGGUUUUUGAGGGCUCGCGCCGAGGAUGUGCGGCAGGAUGAGCCCGCUGUUCACGCGGAGCAGAGGACUGCUGGAUGUGAUCUGUCUGUAUCUGUCUGUGACCGUGGCUUACUCUUUCAAUAUCGACCUGGAUCACCCCGUGGUGUUCCGUGGACCGCGCGAUGCCUUCUUUGGAUACUCGGUUCUUGAGCACUUCCAUGACAGCACGCGCUGGAUUCUGGUAGGAGCUCCCAGGGCUAACUCCUCCUUCAGCAGCUCAGUUCACUCUCCUGGAGCUGUCUAUAAGUGCCGCAUCCACAACAACCCGGAGCGACGCUGCACAGAGGUGGACCUGGGCAGAGGGAACAAGCAGAGGGAGUCAUGUGGGAAGACGUGCCAAGGGGACCGGGAUGAUGAGUGGAUGGGGGUCAGUCUGGCAAGACAAGAUAAACCAAAUGGCAAAGUUCUGGCCUGUGCACACCGCUGGAAAAACGUCUACUAUCAGUCCGAGCACAUCCUACCCCACGGUUACUGCUCUGUAAUCCCACCCACGUUACAGGGCCGGACACAAGCACUCAUUCCAUGCUAUGAAGACUAUAAGAAAAUGUAUGGGGAGGAACACGGCUCGUGCCAAGCAGGGAUAGCGGGUGUUUUCACUGAGGAGCUUGUCGUGAUGGGAGCACCUGGAUCGUACUACUGGACCGGAACAGUGAAAGUGUUCAACAUAACCUCCAACACGCAGUACAGCCUCAACAAAGAUGAUCUGACUUCUCAGAGAUACAGUUACCUGGGUUACGCAGUGACAGCCGGACACUUCUCCUCUCCAACAACCAUAGAUGUAGCUGCUGGAGCCCCUCAGGACGGAGGUGGAGGGAAGGUUUACAUUUUUAAAACUGAGGGAACGUCUCUAGUGAAGAUCUUUCAGGCCUCAGGGAAAAUGAUGGGCUCUUACUUUGGCUCCUCAAUGUGUGCAGUUGACCUGAACGCAGACGGGCUUUCGGACCUGCUGGUGGGGGCACCCAUGUUUAGCGAGGUCCGGGAUGAGGGCCAGGUGUCUGUUUAUCUCAGCAGGGGCAACGGAGUGAUGGAAGAGGCUGAGAUUUUGAAUGGACAAAACUCUUACAAUGCCCAUUUUGGAGAGUGUAUCACUACCAUUGGUGACAUUGAUGAUGAUGGUUAUCAAGAUGUGGCGAUAGGAGCUCCUAAAGAAGAUGAGUACAGAGGUGCAGUCUACAUUUACCACGGGGACGCUACGGGAAUAGUCAGCAAGUACUCAAUGAGGUUGUCUGGGAGAAGCAUCAGUCCAAAUCUUCAAAUGUUUGGCCAGUCAAUAUCCGGCAGUGUGGACAUGGAUGGAAAUGGAUAUCCAGACGUGACAAUCGGUGCGUUUAUGGCAGACAGUGUGGUUUUAUUAAGGUCCAGACCAGUAAUCACAGUGGACGUCUCCAUCUUCCUGCCAGCCUCUAUAAACAUCACUGUGCCUCAGUGUCACGAGGGUCCUCAGCACCUCAACUGCUUCCAUGUCACUGUGUGUAUGAGCUUCCACGGAAAACAUGUGCCGGGACAGAUCGAAUUGCUGUACAAUUUAACAGCUGAUGCAGAUAAACGACACAAAGGCCUGCCGUCCCGAGUCUAUUUCACUAACGGUGGAGAACAGACUGGCGUUGUGAGUCAGCUUUUCAGUCUCAGCGUCCAUCGCCAGGCUUGCCAUGAGCACACAGCCCACGUACGAAAAGAAGUGAAGGAUGUAUUUUCAGCCAUUACUUUCGAGGCAGCGUACAGCCUGGGGAAGCAUGUUCUGGAUGGACACCAUGAGCACGAGCUUGCUGCACUCACGCCUGUCCUCCGAUGGAGAAAAGGAGAGAAGAUCGCUGCCAAGAAUGAGACGUGGUUUGAGAAGAAUUGCCUGUCGGACGACUGCGCCGCUGACCUGCGGCUGCAUGGGAAACUGCUUCUUUCUGGGCAUCACAUCAGGCCUCACCUCGCCCUGGGCGGAGUGAAAAACGUCUCCCUUAACUUGACGAUUUCCAACGCUGGAGAUGACGCUUAUGACACCAACAUCUACUUAAACUUUUCCAGGGAGGUUCAUUACAUCAACUUUCUACAGAGGGAAGAGAAGGGCAUUUCCUGUGAGCUGGUUCAGCUGGACUUCCUGAAGUGCAGUGUGGGAUUUCCUUUCAUGAGAGCGCAGACUAAGUACCAUCUGUCUGUACUUUUUGACACAAGUCAUCUGUCUGGUGAAAACGAGACGUUGCUAUUUUUAGUACAUGCCAGAAGUGCAAAUCCAGAGCAUGAGAACAAACUACAUGACAACACCUUGGAACUGUCAAUCCCGCUGGUGCAUGAGGUGGAUACAACAAUCACUGGGGUGGCGAUUCCCUCUUCGUUUGUGUACGGUAACUCUAUUGACCCCUCCCGCUUUGUUCAGCUGGAAGAUUUGGAGUGCAACUUUCAGCCGCUUAACUUCACCUUCCAGGUAAUAAAUAACGGGCCCAGCAGGCUGCCUGGCUCCACUGUGGAAAUAAGGAUACCUAACCGACUGGUCGGCAACGGGGCAGACAUGUUCCACAUCAUAGAUACACAGGUGGCUGAAGGUCGAGGGAACUGUACGUGGCACAAGAACCCCACGCCGUGCACCGUUCCUCAAGACAAAGAGAGCAUUUUUCACACCAUCUUUGCCUUCUUCACUAAAUCUGGCAGAAAGGUUUUGGACUGUGACCGGCCAGGCAGAGCCUGCCAGACUAUCUCCUGUAGUCUGGGACCACAAGCUAAAGAAGAAGCUACGAGUAUAGACGUGCACGUUCUACUGAACACUGAAAUACUUACAAGAGACAGUUCCUCAGUCAUCCAGUUUGUCACACGGAGUCAUGUUCAAGUGGACCACCGUGCUAUGGAGGUUUUCGGGGGUCUACCAGAGGAUGUUUCUCUGGUGUUUGAGGCUCUGCACAGUCAGGAGCCCAGGGGUUACGUGGUGGGUUGGAUUAUCGCCAUCAGCCUGCUGGUGGGAAUCCUCAUCUUCCUCCUGCUAGCUGUGCUGCUCUGGAAGAUGGGCUUCUUCAGGCGGCAUUACCGGGAGAUCAUCGAAGCAGAAAAGAACAGGAAAGACAGUGACGAGAGCUGGGACUGGGUCCAGAAGAGCCAAUGAGAGAUGGAAAUGAAAUGUAAAUGUUCAUAGAAGAUCCAAUAAGCUGCUGCCUUCACCAUGGCCAUGCCCUAAGACCCAAACCCUCCAGUCUUCCAUAUGUGGAAGAGAAGAAUUUUCUGCAGAUUUGACACUUUUUUCUGCAGACGGUGAUCAAACUGACACUGGAGUCGACAGUGCGACUCACUAGAGAAGAGACUCAAUAGUGGAAUUCCAUUGAUCCGAGUUGGGAUGGCCUCCUGCCAGUCAGACUGGAGAGAUGGAAGGAGACUAAGGAAACAGACACUUCCACUGAAGGAUAUGGAUAAUGUGUCAAAACUAGCAGACAAUAAAAACCCUCAGGGCGCUGAUUAUGAGCAAAGAUCUAUUUUUUUAUAUGUAUUCCAUAAUGUAUAGAUGAGAGCUUCAGAAGGCCUUGAUGAUUAUUUGUUUUUGUUGGCCUUCAGACAUUGAUGUCGAUGUUGAUGUUGAAAGCACUGAUGAUGACUGUUACACGAUGAAGAGCACACUCACGCUCUUCACUCAGAUCUUCCUUUCACAGAACAAUGCUCAACAAUGGAACAUUAAAAAGUGGAUGCAUUUUAUAUGAACCAUCACAGAAAAAAGACAAAAGAAAUGUCUUGAAAUGAAGGGUGGUGCCAACUUUAUUUGUGUUGUUUCUCAUCUGGUUUCCCAGAAAAAAGAAACAGACAGUUUUGACAGUUGAAACAGUAAACCAGUUGUCAAAGAAAAAAAAAACAGGGAGUAUUUGAUCAAUGAUUUGUCAGAGCUAUCAAUGCCAAAUCUCAUUAUCAGCCUGCAGUUUUGCACUGGACGACACUCAAUUUGAUAAAGAUCUUGUUACUUCUAUUUUAAAAGUGUUUUUUUUUUCUUUUUUUGAAAUUGUAUUUUUCUGUACAUGAAGAAUAACAUAGAUAACUUUUAGUUGCAGUGAAGCACAAAAACGCCUUAAUGCCAAAGCCCAAAGCCCAACAGUUGUCCUUAUAUAUUUAUAUCGAUUUUUUGCAUUCAUAUUAGAUAUGCGAGUCCUAAUGGUCAAUCAGGUCUAAUGGAUUAAUAAAAGGGAUUCAAUUGAGAACUCUGCUACUAUCAAUAGUCUCAAUAUGUUCAAACACUGCACCUAAAAAUAGGUGAGAAUGCGCUGCACUUCAGCGCGGGGCCUAAGCUCGCUCUCUGGGGCUUAUGGGAAAAGGCUGUUUUAAGUCAACACUUUGGAAUGCGAGAGCUCCCCCAGAACUACAUCUGUUACCAAGCAUAGCGCACUCACGAUCAGAGGUGUACAGUAAACUGCUGAAACUUCAACACUGUGUUUAAAGACAGUCUUACUUUCAGUGCAGUAGAAAAGAGUGAGUUAGGAGAAGUACAGUGGAGUGGAAUAGCAGAAAAAAAAAAAAAUUAAACUUAUAUAUGCAUACUGCAGCCCUGAUCACAUUCACCAAAUUCAGCAAAUUCACCAGUUUUACAUGAUACAUGUUAAAACUCACAUUGGUCAGUGUUAGCUAAAACACUGUUGCCUUCUUAACACUGCCCAGUCUACUAUGCAUAUUGUUAUGCAUAUUGUUUAAGCAUUGGUAUCGCAAACCGCACAUGUGCAGUAGUCACAUCACAGGACAUGCAGUGUAUGGCCCCUGUGAUUUUUGCAAUGAGGAGAACACGUACAGAAUCGCCAAAACUGAUCCAAAGAUUAAAAAAAAAACACAGCACAAUUUGUACGAGAGUAAAAAAAUUCAAAAUGGAUUGGGGGAAAAAAAUAAUCGAAAUAUCAUGCCACACCUUAAAAAAAAAAAUAGUACCGUUUUGAUUUUAUAUGACAUACAGUCAUAUUAAAUGCAGAUAAUAGUUGAUGUCUAGGCAAAUAUCUUUUUAUUAAUAUCGUGCAGCCCUAAUAUGUUCUCAUAGUCUCCUCCAAAGACCAUUAUUACCUAUAGAUGUAUUUUAAUACCAGAAAGUGCCUUAUUUAUAGUUCGUCUUUCUGAAUGAGGAAACGAGACCAAAAUUAUGUUUUGUACACGCUUGAAACUUCAGACGUCACCUGGUUUUAAUGUGUCACAGCAGUUUUAAUAGCUGUGCGAUUGACUGAAGACUGAUACUGUAUUGUAGCUAUUUUAGGUAUUUUAAAGAUAAAGGACACCAUGUUUUAUACCAAAGCUGUUUGUUUUUUCACUGCUUAGCAUUCAGAUACUUUGAUUUAACCGUUAUCUGAAAGAUUCACAUGCAGAAAAUAGCUUGUAUAUUUGAUCUAUUACGUCACUGGCAUGGCAGACACAGAUUCACGUUUCUCCUCUGAAACUGGCGCAGGUAUUUGCACAGGCGUGUAGUUAAUCAGAGAGUGGAAUACUUGACGUUGUGUAAAAGUGUAAAGUAACUGUGAGUGUUUUUAGCAGUAUCACCAUUAUCACUUAUUCUGAAUAAACUACUGUCACAGAUUGUUGUGUAAAUGCAAUGAGAUGGAUGUUUGUUGUGCAAGCUAAUGUGCAAGCUGUAUAUUUAUCUUUUGAUUUUAAAAUUAAAGUUCACAAUCGGA